UGCAUGCAUGCAUCCAAUCCUGGGCUGCAGCAUAUUCCUGGGCUGGGCCAGCACGAGGCAGAGCCCACCAACCAAAGUCCAAAGGCAAGGCAAGCCGUCUUCUUCCUCCUCCCACGCUCUUUUCCGCGCACGCACCCAUGUCCACCCCGCCGUCGGCCAGCCUGCGCGGCUUCCUGGACGCGCACUUCGCCUCCCCCGACGACCUCGCCGCCGCGCCGGCGCUCGCCGAGCUUCUGCGCCGCGAGUGCGCCGAGCUCGACGCCUCCCUCCGCCGCCUCGAGGCGCAGCUCCGUAUCGCGGCAGCGUCCUGGCUCGCGCGAUCCACCGGGGCCCGCUCCGACCUCCGCCACAUCCGCCCAACAGGCGGAGCCGUCGACGCGGAGGACGAGGGGGCGGAGACGGUGCGGAAGCUCGGUCUGCCCGCGCUCGUGCGGGAGAUCCAGCGGAUCGACACUAUUCGACUCUACGCGGUUGGAAGCUUUGGUUGGCAACCUGGAAGAUGUGGUAUUUUCCAUCGUUAGACAGGCCUCAAAGUUGAACCUGCCAUCCAUACUUCGAAAAUCAAACGAAGCCGAAUUGAAGCAUGCAAAGUUGCUCAACGCUGUCAAUGCUGUGAGGGACAUUGAGCGAGAAUUGGUAAGGGUCAGCACGAGUAGGCCAAAGUGGACCAGCCUUGUCAUGGCAGUUGAUUCUAGAGUGGAGAAAACUCUAGCCAUUUUGAGGCCUCAAGCACUGACAGAUUAUCGGGCUCUACUUGCAGCGCUGGGUUGGCCACCUUCUUUGUCCUCACAAGACACAGAGAAUGAUAAGUACUCCCAAAUCCCAAAUCCUCUAGUCCUGAUGAAUGAGGAAAAUAAAGAGAAAUAUUCACAAAGCUUCCUAGCACUAUGUGCCCUGCAACAUGUACAAGCAAACCGUGAAGUGCGCCCAUGCCAAAUAGCAGCAGCAACUCCUGCCCUGGCAGAUUCAAAGUACUUUGAUAAAACUGCUUGCUUGGAGAAUGGACUUUGGGCAAUUGAUGAAUUAGUUCACCCUGUUGCUUCAAGGAUGGAGUAUCAUUUUGCAAAAUGGUCUGAGCAGCCAGAGUUCAUUUUUACCCUUGUUUACAAGAUAACAAAGGAUUUCAUGGAUGGGGUAGAUGAUAUACUGCAGCCUCUGAUUGAUCAUGCAAGGUUAGCAGGCUUAAGUGCCAAAGAAUCUUGGGUGACAGGAAUGGUGAAAAUGCUUGUAGGAUACCUGGAGAGGCAAAUUUUCCCAGCACUUGUCACCUCUAAUCAGGACCAGACUACCGAUGCCAAACCUGAAGUAGAGUCCUCUUGGAUGCACUUAAAUGACCUAAUGAUUUCUUUUGAUAAAAGAAUGCAGCUUCUGGCAGAUUCAGGAAUUCAGAAAAUUGCAUCUCUUUCUGAAGGCCUGUCUAGGUCACUGUCUGUCUUUUCAAUAUACAUCGAACACCCUGAUUGGCUUCAGAUAUGGGCUGGUGUUGAGCUUAGUUCAGCACAGGAUAAGCUGAAAUCUGAAAUGGAGGAUGAGACAAGUUGGUCAUGUAGUGAUAGUCAGCACGACCAGCUUGGUCACAUGGAAAACUCAAUCAAGUUUCUUCUCUCUACAAGAGAAGACUACAAAGCUCCACCAGUUUCUGAAUUUGUUGUCAAAACUGCUUUGUCAAUGAUUGAAAGAGGCCGUGCUCUGCCAAAUAGGGGAAUGCAGAUCCAUUAUAACAGAUCCUCUGCAGUCAAGUUCCUGAAUGAUUUUUUUCUUGUCUUGUGUGAUCGUUGUGAGGCAAUGCAAUUGUCAAAUACGGCUUUAGAAGAUCAGUCUUUAUCAAAAGCUUCAUGUGCAAUUAAUGCUGCACGUUACUGUGAAAAUGUGCUUCGGGAAUGGGAUGAAGAUACCGCCUUCUUGGAUAUGGGUCCUCAAGGGUCCCUGUUUACAGAUGAAAUCAGCUUUUUGGUUAAAUUAGGGGCCAAUUAUCUGGAACAGAUACUGUCUGCCAUUCUGCUUGAAUUUGAAGAUCUGUCAUGGGAAUAUGUCCAGAACAUUGGAUCAUGGAGAGGGCAAACUGCUGUAGAAGAUCAGAUCCUGGAUGAGGAAAACGCAGGAGUAUCUCUUGGUUUUAUUGCCAGUCUAGAUGUUCUGACAGACAGGAUCACCAAGCUGAAGCAAUAUCUUAAUUCCAAGGAUUUCCUUGAUCUUUGGAGGAGUAUAGCAGAAGGGCUUGAUUACUUCAUCUACAGCAGCAUACGGUGGGGUGAAGUAAAUUUCUCUGACACAGGAGUAAUUCAGUUAAGAGUUGACACAAAAGCCCUGCUCCACAUCUUUAGGCCCUUCUGUUCAAGACCUGAAGCUUUUUUCCCUUUCCUAAGUGAAUCCCUGAGGUUGUUAACCAUGAAGAAGUCAGAUGCACAUUACCUGCUGGAAAUGCUAACAGAUGACACGAGGAGCAACAGUUGCUUAAAGCAUCAAGGAUUGCACAAUGUAAAUGCUGGACAGGCUGUGAAGAUCUUAAGAAGCCGGAAGUUUGGUGGAUAAUCUUGUUAGUACAAAGUGUAGCUGAAAAUGAUCAGAAAGCUAACUUUGCCGUGCUGAUGCCAGACUGCUGAUAUAUUGGCAUGAGUUUAGUGACACUGCAGCUGAUUUCAUGAUUUGAGCAAGCCUGAUGUGAAAAGUUUGUACUUGGAGAUUAUGGAUUCCAGGCUGCUGGAAAGACAGCUGUACACUGAACAAGGAUAUUGGGGAGAUGUGUCACUAUGCUAUUGGCACGUGUGGCACGCAACCAUGCUUUCCAAGAAUGACAGGAAUUUUACCAGUGCUGCCUGCUUCAUUGAAUUCUUCAGGCGACAAUACAGGAGACUGCCGUUCACAGAGCUUUGUCGUCCUUGUGGUCAACUGCCAUGUAAUCAGUUGAAAAUCUAAUUGUUUGAAGUCGCCCUUGUGCAGAAUAGCUGUGUGUUUCUGCUGCCUUGUGUAUCAACGCACAUGGUCUUAUUACAGAGGUGGAUCUCUUCAAAAAGAAAUUUUGUUUUGCCACAUCUGAUAACUUUGUAUAAUUUUGAAUUGGUCCCAGAUCUGUUAGAAGGCUAAGUCAAAGUUUAA